AUGCAAUUCCAAAUCUCGACUAUCGCUCUUCUCGCGGCGACCUUGGUCCCAAGAAUUGUCGCUGUGCCGACGGCAGACUUCCCUUCGAACGGAACGUUGACCGAAUCCACUGCCGUUCGUCAGUACUGCGUUCUGAACUAUCAUUACUGUGGCUGGAAUCUUAUCGAGAACCACUUGGAGGAUUACCGAUCCAGAAUCAGUAGCAAACUGUGCAGCAAAUUCGGAAAAUGUGAUCCCGGGGAUAAGGAUAUCUGGAACAGUCUGUGGAACUGCGGAGCAGACCUCGAGUUUUUAGGCUUCUGUGGCGGGGAUUACUCCUGUGUUGAUGGGGGUGCAGCCAGUGACUAUUGCAGAGCUUAA